AUGUCUCCUCCUCUGCAAGAUAUCUCUAACAAGAUUCGUUUAUCAGCAAAUGACAAAUCACAAACCAUAACAGAAAAUACUCCAAAAAAGUACAAACGUGGAUGUGCUCCCAAAAAACCUUAUAUCCCACGUCCUAAAAGAAGGAGGACAGAAAAGAUGUCAAGUUGGACUCUACCAAGUGAAAGCUCCACAUAUAACUCACCUCAAAUCAAUUCAGAUGUACAUACAGGAUCCAUAUGUAAGCCAUCUACUGAUAUGGAUGCUCCAAACAACCUCCUCUCCAAUUUCAAUUUGAUUGAAAUUGAAAAACAAACAUAUAAUGACCUUGGUGAUAUAAAUAUGAUUUGUAAGUAUUGUGGAGCAACACUAUGGGAACUAGAACGAGCUGAAAAGAGUAAAUCACCUCUUGAUCCUGACUUUUCUAUUUGUUGUGCUAAAGGCAAAAUAUCUAUUCCUUAUUUAAAGGAGUCACCUGAAUUAUUGUUGAAGUUGCUUACUAAGAAUGAACCAAGGAGUAGAAAUUUCCUUGAUAACAUUAGAUCGUACAAUAGUAUGUUUGCUUUCACCUCAAUUGGAGGUAAAGUUGUGACCAAUAUGAAUGAUGGUCACGGUCCUCCUCAAUUCAUUAUCAGCGGUCAGAAUUACCAUUGUAUUGGAAGUUUGCUUCCAGAAGAAGGUCAUUUGCCUAAGUUUGCUCAACUGUAUAUAUAUGAUACUGAAAAUGAACUGCAAAAUAGAUUGCACCAUUUCAGUGGUAUUGGAGAUAGUAGUAUUGAUCCUGAAUUGGUUUCUGAUUUGAUUAAAAUGGUUGAUGAGUUCAAUCGUUUAGCCAAGGUGUUUAGACGAGUUUGUGACUAUGUUGAAGAAGGAAAUACUGAGAAUAUUGCGUUGAGGUUAUUUCGGAACGUCUCCGUUGAUCCAAAUACUUAUAAUCUGCCAAGUGUAGAUGAAGUUGCAGCCUUAAUAGUUGGUGAUUUUGAUAGUUUUGAUUGUGGGCGAGAUAUUAUUCUACGAACAAAGAAUGGUCGUAUGCAGAGGAUUUACGAGAACCACUCAUCCUUCCUUCCAUUACAAUACCCACUUUUGUUCCCACAUGGUGAAAAAGGUUUCUCAGAUGAUAUUGAUUUUGCAAAUUUACAUAAUGGGCUUAAAUAA